UGUGGGAUGAAAGGUAUAAAUGAGAAAUACAUGGAAGAUUGAAGUCGGAAAAAUCUUACCGCACCUCUUUAUCGAGACUCGUAACCCUCAAAUUUACUGGUUUGCCAAAGUAAUUUUUUUUUUUUUUUUGUCAGUCUGGCGAAACCCAUAGUGGACUCAAAUUGCCAAAUUGUCAAGUCCAUUGGAGAAACCUUCUCUCUCUUCCUCUCAGUCCCUCCUUUCUGUUUCUCUCCGCUAGGGUUUCUUUCGAUUUCACCUUGGAGUUUACAGAUCGAGAUUUUCUUACUAGACAAGCUUUGGAUUAGCAUACAUAUAUUUUUGUUCGAUUCUUCAAAGGCGAAGAGAUCGGAAUUAUUGAACCUGAAGAUAAUUUUAAGAAGAAGAAUAUCUAAUUAGGUUCCAGAAGAUGGUGUACAUAAGUUCAUGGGACGAAUUUGCGGAACGAUCUAUCCAAUUGUUUCGCGCGGAUCCUCAAUCUACAAGGUAUGUUAUGAAAUACAGACAUUGUGAUGGAAAAUUGGUUCUCAAAGUUGCUGAUAAUCGAGAGUGUCUCAAAUUCAAGACGGACCAGGCACAGGAUGCUAAGAAGAUGGAGAAACUAAACAACGUCUUUUUUACUCUAAUGGUUCGGGGUCCUGAUGCGGAUAUAACAGAAGUAUCCGGAAAAGAGCAAACAGAAGCACAACCAACCAAGAAAGGAAGAGGAAGAAAACAAUGAGCAUUUUCAGUGUCUACCUAUCUUUUUUGACGAGAGAUUUCAAUCGGUGGAGACAUAUCUUGCCUUAUUUACUUACUAGGUCAACUCUUUUUGCAGUAUGGGUUAUUUGAAUAUAGAGCAGUGAAUGAGAUAACCUUAAUUUUAAGGAAUUUGGCAAAUCUUUUAAAUUCCACCAUGUUCUGUUUGGUUUGACUUAAUUUUAUAGAUUUGUGUACAGUCAAUUUUUGCCUCUAAUUUCAGUUUCAGUUUUGAGAGAUUCUGUAGCAUGUAUUUUAACUGUAAACAGAGAGACUGCCUUUGUUUUUUUA